CGUCUAUAAAACAUUUUAAAACAGUAAAAUCAAAUAUUUACUAGACUACCUUUAUAAUAUAAGCGUCAGCUAACAUAUUUUUUUGAAAAAAAAAUUUAGGCCCCAAAUUAAGAUUUGCACAUCAGCCCCGUAAUGUGUAGUUGCGGCACUGGAGGCGUGAGAGAUUUUCUUGUAAAAAUCGCGAAAAAUUUGUAAAACAGGCAACAACACCGUUAAUUUGAGAAAAUUAGAUUCUACCGUCUUACAACUAUUAGUAGAUUAUAUUUAUACGGGUGAAAUUAUGGUCACAAAAGAAAAUGUACAGGGUUUGUUACCAGCUGCGAACCUCUUACAGUUAGAUUUUGUAAAUGGUGCAUGUAUUGAGUUUUUACAAAAACAGUUGAAUGCAUCAAACUGUCUUGGUAUCAGAGCGUUUGCUCGUUUACAUAACUGUACGGAAUUGCUAUCGAGUUCUGAAACAUUCAUUAAAAAACAGUUUUUGGAAGUGGUUAAUAGCGAUGAGUUUCUAUCAUUAUCAUCCGAUGAUGUGGUUAAGAUAAUCUCCUUUAAUGACCUUGCUGUUCCAUAUGAAGAAAAAGUAAGUAAACUGCAAUAUUUGUAAUAUAAUUGUAUGGAAAGUAAGUUCAACACAAAGAGUUCUAUAAUAACUAUAAUAUUUUUCUAUGAAUUGGUUGAAAUUGACCAUUCUUGAAUAGUCAUACACAACAAAAAAAUUGUUA